AUGGCUCAUCUGCUGCGAUUGGUGAUCUGUACAAUUUUGCUCACCUCCACCUUCGUUGACAUCGUCCAUUCUUCACCACAGCGACGAUAUUGCGGCAAGCAAAUCACAAAGGCGUUGAUCGCAUUGUGCGGUGCUGUGAAGUCUCCUCUGCCAGAUCAGUUGGAAACAGGAAGACGAGCAGCCGGCGAUCAUUCAAUCGUCCACGAAUGCUGUCGAAAGACCUGUGACGAGGCUUUUAUGCGCCGCUUUCUGUGCAGUGAUGUGGCAACAGCGAAAUUCGUCCUCGAAGACUCUCUCGCUCUCAUUGAAAUCGUCGAGUUCGAUCCUUACGACUGGUCAAUGCAUAUCAAUUCAUGUCGAUACAUAUCAAUUUAUGUCGAUGCAUAUCAAGUUGAUUUCUCUCCAUUUCCGCUGUACACGAUUCCUAUGUGA